AUGGCAGCACCCCUGAAAACACCACUGCUAGCUCCGGCCUCCCACUGCAAGCCGCCGGAGAGGCCCGUGAUCAAUGAGGAACAGCAAGCCAAGUAUGACUGGCUAUUGGAAAAGGCAAAGGGCUGGACUGAAGUCCCGUCCACCCAGGGCAAGGGCGGUCCUCUCACCGACCGCGAGAAGCAGUGGCUCACCCGCGAGUGUCUGCUGCGGUAUCUGCGUGCCGUCAAGUGGAAGAAGGAGGAUGCAGAGAAGCGCAUCCUAGAGACGCUGACCUGGCGGAGGGAGUACGGCGUGGACGAGCUCACUGCGGACCACAUCUCCCCCGAGAAUGAGACUGGAAAGCAGAUCAUUAUCGGUUAUGAUAAGCAAGGCCGGCCGUGCCAGUACCUGAACCCGGGCCGCCAAAACACCGAAGUCUCUCCAAGACAGGUUCAGCACCUGGUGUUCAUGGUUGAGCGUGUCAUUGAGCUUAUGCCACCGCAGCAGGAGACUCUGGCCUUGCUGAUCAACUUCAAGUCGGGCAAGAGCAGGACAAACACCGCCCCUGGUAUCGGCCAGGGUAAGGAGGUCCUAAACAUCCUGCAAACUCACUACCCAGAGAGACUGGGCAAGGCGCUUAUUAUCAAUGUUCCUUUCCUCGUCUGGGGCUUUUUCAAGCUCAUCACACCAUUCAUCGACCCCCUGACAAGGGAAAAGCUCAAGUUUAAUGAGGACAUGACGCAAUAUGUCCCCAAGGAGCAGUUGUGGAAGGAGUUUAUGGGUGAGCUUGACUUUGACUAUGACCACUCGGUGUACUGGCCUGCCUUGAUGAAGCUUUGCGAAGAGAGGCGCAUAGAGCGAACCAAGCGUUGGGAAGAGGGCGGCAAGCACAUUGGCGAGCUCGAGGACUUUCUCGGCGGUCUGGCUCCUCACGGCGUCCAGCUCCCUGCUAUCAAGGAAAUCGACAAGGAGCGCGCCAGCACCUCGGAUACUGAGAUUGAUCCUCAAGAGCUUAUUCAGAAGCUGGAAUCUGUCAAGGUCACGGAUGAGAAGCCUGCCGUUUUUGACGCACCACCGCCGACAUCGCCAUUGCCCGAAUCUCAUGCAGCAGCAUAG